AUGGCCUCGGCGUCAGGCACAAGCGGCCUGACGCGCCGCCGCGGCGCCGGCGGCGGCACCACCACCACCGACGACAGCGACCCCUCGCGCGUCUCCUCCCCGGCCCCCAAGAAAGAACCCGACCUCCGCUCGCCAGAGACGGGCUACGAGACCUCGGGCGCCAACGGGCACAAAAUCGCCUUCGACCCGCGCGACAUCAGCGAGAGCGCGGAGCGCAACAAGCAGCCCAAACUUACGCUGAUGGAGGAAGUGCUGCUGUUGGGGUUGAAGGACAAGCAAGGGUACCUGAGCUUUUGGAAUGAUAACAUUAGCUACGCGCUGCGGGGGUGUAUUGUCAUUGAGCUGGCUUUCCGGGGGAGGAUUAGUAUGCAGAAGGAUAGUUCGAGGCGGCGGUUCCCGUUGGCGGAUCGGGUGAUUGAGGUGGUGGAUGAGACGUUGACGGGGGAGGUGCUGUUGGAUGAGGCGUUGAAGAUGAUGAAGAGUAGUGAGAAGAUGAGUGUGAGUAGUUGGAUUGAUUUGAUGAGCGGCGAAACAUGGAACCUCAUGAAAAUCGGCUACCAACUCAAACAAGUCCGCGAACGCCUGGCUAAAGGCCUCGUCGACAAAGGCAUCCUCCGCACGGAAAAGCGCAACUUCCUCCUCUUCGACAUGGCCACCCACCCGGUCGCCGACGGCGGAGCCAAAGACGAGAUCCGCCGCCGCGUUCGCAACGCCCUCACCCAACGCACCGUGGUCCUCCCCGCUACGCCUUUCCUGCCCGAGGAAAUGGAGUUUAGGUAUCUGCGGACGAUCGCGAUGUUGUGUGCGGCCUACGCCGCGAAUGUGCUGGAGAACGCGCUGGUGACGCUGACGCAUGAGGCGCGGGAGAGGGCUUUUGCGCAGGUGGAUGAGUUGCUGGCGGAGUAUUCGCAGUGGCCUUUUGGGAGAAGAGCGGGGGGUGUGGGGGCGGCGAUUGGAGCGAAUUUGGAGCAGGUUACGCGGGAGGAGGUGAAUGCGGCGAAGGAGAAGGAGUUGCAGUUGGAGGUCCGCAUCGACCUCGUUCGAAACUAA